CAAAGCUGGAAAGAAACUACUAUAUAAACCGGACUCCCGCUUUUGCAACGAAACAUCACACCACAAAAACACACAACACACACUCUCUCUCUAUCUAAAACUUUAUACAACAUAAUGGAAUUUCCAACUUGCUCUUCCGUGAUCAUCGUCGGAGCUGGUGUUUCAGGUAUAUCGGCGGCGAAGGUGUUGGUGGAGAACGGCGUCGAUGAUAUACUGAUCCUGGAGGCGUCGGAUCGAAUCGGUGGAAGGAUUCGGAAAGAACAAUUCGGAGGCGUGCCCGUCGAACUCGGAGCUGGUUGGAUCGUCGGAGUCGGCGGCAAAGAGUCCAACCCGGUCUGGCAACUCGCUCUUGACUCGGGCCUCCGUACGUGUUUUUCCGACUAUAGCAAUGCCCGCUACAACAUUUACGAUCGGAGCGGGAAGAUUUUUCCGAGUGGAAUCGCCGCCGACUCCUACAAGAAGGCUGUGGACUCGGCCAUUCUGAGGAACCAAGUGGCUAACCACGAGGCUGAUUUGGCCAAACUUUCAGAACCGCUCUCUACUCCCAAAACACCUAUAGAGCUUGCUAUUGACUUCAUCCUCCAUGACUUUGAAAUGGCAGAGGCUGUACCAAUAUCAACUUUUACAGACCUUGGAGAGCAGGAGUUUUUAAUUGCUGAUGAAAGAGGGUAUGAGUACUUGCUGUAUAAAAUUGCCGAAACAUUUCUUUUUAAUUCGGAGGGUGAAAUUGCAGAUAGUCGUUUGCAGCUCAACAAGGUUGUUCAGGAAUUAAAACACACUAAAAACGGUGUUGCGGUUACAACAGAAGAUGGUUGUGUUUAUGAAGCCAAUUACGUGAUUUUGUCUGUUAGCAUCGGUGUCCUCCAAAGCAACCUCAUCUCCUUCAGACCACCCUUACCCAGGUGGAAAAUGGAGGCCAUCGAGAAAUGUGAUGUGAUGGUGUACACAAAGAUCUUCCUGAAGUUUCCUUAUAAGUUCUGGCCGUGUGGGCCUGAGAAAGAGUUCUUCAUUUAUGCCGACGAGCGGAGAGGCUACUACACAUUCUGGCAGCACUUGGAGAAUGCUUACCCAGGGUCCAAUGUUCUGGUUGUAACAUUGACAAAUGGAGAAUCUAAACGUGUUGAAGCUCAGUCAGAUCAAGAAACCUUGAAAGAAGCUAUGGAGGUGCUAAGGAACAUGUUUGGGCAUGACAUACCUGAUGCCACUGAUAUACUUGUGCCACGCUGGUGGAGCAAUCGGUUCCAGCGCGGCAGCUACAGCAAUUACCCUAUCUAUUUCAAUAAUCAAAUUAUUCAUCACAUUAAGGAGCCAGUAGGACAGAUUUUCUUCACUGGAGAACACACAAGCGAAAGAUUUAGUGGCUAUGUCCAUGGGGCAUACCUUGCAGGCAUAGAUACCGGCAAAGCAUUAUUAGAAGAAAUGAGGAAAGAGGAGAGAAAAAGUGGGAGUCAAAAUUUUUUAUUAGAGCCCUUGCUAGCAUUGACUGGCUCGUUAACGUUGUCCCAGCCUGAUGCGGUAUCAGGUCUCCACAAAUGUGAGAUUCCUAGACAACUUUUCCAUAGUAGUAGCAAGCGCGGGCUUCCAGAGGCCAUCUUAUGAUUCAAUGGACCGGUUGAUGACCCCUUCUUCGACAAUGAGUAGAAUGUUACUGAUGAAUAUGAUUUCCUGAUGGAUAGAAUACAGAUUGAGCCCUUGAAUCCGGAAAGCAGAAUAAAAGGAGAUGCCGAUGCAUUACAUGAAAGACCUGCACAGGGGUGCAUGGACAUCAUGAAAUAGCUGCUAUCUAUAUGGAUAUGCUAGGGUUAUGGAGUUUUGAAGGAAUUGUUUUAUGCAUACAUCAAAGGUUCUUCAUUGGAGAAAGAAGAUGAGAGGGAAAACAUGAUAUUUUAAUUGUAUUUAUAGGAUAUUGUAAGUUAGUUUCUGAAUUACAUCAUUUUAGUUUCAAAAUUAUGUCAUUCUGGUACUAUUCACCAGUAUUGGUUCUUGUCUUCUGCCAUUUUCCUACAAUCUUUCCUCUAAUAAAGCUUA